UCACUCUCAUCACAGCAGUUCCCCCUGGCGGGUUUAGACAUUUAAACGGAAAGGAGGCGCCUUAAGUAGUUUUCACAACUUUUGGGGCGUCAACUCGUUUGUUUUCCCGUCGACGUCAAUCAGGAAAUAUGCAGGCUUUAAGGAACCUGUUCCGCGGGCCUUGGGUCAGCGAAGCCAGGCUGGAGGGCAAGACGGUGCUCAUCACCGGAGCCAACACCGGCAUCGGCAAGGAGGCGGCGGCCGAUCUGGCCACCAGAGGCGCGCGCGUAAUCAUGGCGUGCAGAGACCUUUCGAAGGCGGAGGCUGCAGUCAAGGAGGUGAAGGAGCGUUCCCUCAACGACAACGUGGUCUGCAUGAAACUUGACCUGGCUGACACCAAAUCCAUUCGCGAGUUCGCGCAGGCCGUCAACGAAGGCGAACCCAACGUCAACAUCCUGAUUAACAACGCGGGCGUAAUGGUGUGCCCGUACGCAAAAACGGUCGACGGUUUCGAGAUGCAAAUUGGCGUCAAUCACUUCGGUCACUUCCUGUUGACCUUCCUGCUGCUGGAUCUCCUGAAGCGCUCUCAGCCGUCGCGCGUGGUGACUGUGUCGUCCAUGGCCCACCUUUUGGGUUCCAUCAAGUUGGACGACAUCAACAGCGAGCGCUCCUACAACAAGCAGCGAGCCUACUCGCAGAGCAAGCUAGCGAACGUGCUAUUCACGCGUUCGCUUGCCAAAAGACUACAGGGCACGGGCGUGACGACGUACUGUCUGCACCCGGGCGUGGUCCAGACCGACCUGUGGCGCCACCUGGACGGCCCCCAGCGCUUCUUCGUGAAUUUGGCGUCGCCGUUCACCAAGACGACGGAGCAGGGCGCGCGCACCACCAUCUACUGUGCCGUGGAGCCCGCCUUGGAAAACCAAAGCGGCGGAUACUACAGCGACUGCGCGGCCGCCAACUGCUCGGCGGCAGGAAAGAACGACGAACUGGCGGAGAAGUUGUGGGAGCUCAGCUGUAAAAGUCUCAACAUCACGUGGGACUGAGACUCCUCUUUUUGUGCUUUUACUUAAAAAAUGGCUACUGUUUUUUUGUUACAAGUUUUAUUCUACUUGAUGUACUUAAUAAACCAUUCAACGACAA